GGCGGAACCGGCGGGCGGGGCGCGGAGCUCGGCUCCCGGAGCGCGGAGAGCCGGGUGGGUCUCCCGGGGUUGGUUGGGGUGCUUCCGCGCCCGGGGCUUGCGUCCCCCGCGCCCCCGCCAUGCGCCCACCUCGCCCCCGCGCCGCGCUGCUCGCGCUCCUGGCCGCGUCCCUUGCGGCCGCCGAGGCUCCGCACCUGGUGCGCGUGGACGCGGCCCGCGCGCUGCGUCCCCUGCAGCCCUUCUGGAGGAGCACCGGCUUCUGUCCCCCACUGCCGCACAGCCGGGCUGACUGGUAUGACCUCAGCUGGGACCAGCAGCUCAACCUGGCCUACGUGGGUGCCGUCCCUCAUGGUGGCAUCGAACAGGUUCGGACCCACUGGCUGCUGGACCUCAUCACGGCCAGGGGCUCAGCCAGGCAGGGCCUGAGCUACAACUUCACCCACCUGGACCGGUACCUGGACCUUCUCGGGGAGAACCAGCUCGUCCCAGGCUUCGAGCUGAUGGGCAGCCCCUCCGGGCGCUUCACUGACUUUGAGGACCAGCGGCAGGUGUUCGAGUGGAAGAGCCUGGUCUCGCUCCUGGCCGGGAGAUACAUCGGUAGGUACGGCCUCAAGCACGUAUCCAAGUGGAAUUUCGAGACGUGGAACGAGCCGGACCACCACGACUUUGACAACGUGUCCAUGACCCUGCAAGGCUUCUUGAACUACUACGACGCCUGCUCCGAGGGUCUGCGAGCCGCCAGCUCGGCUCUGCGCCUGGGCGGCCCCGGAGACUCCUUCCACCCGCUGCCGCGCUCCCCGCUCAGCUGGGGCCUCCUGGAGCACUGCCACAACGGCACCAACUUCUUCACCGGGGAGGUGGGCGUGAGGCUGGACUACAUCGCCCUCCACAAGAAGGGCGCGGGCAGCUCCAUCUACAUCCUGGAGCAGGAGGCGGCGGUCGUGCGGCAGAUACAGCGGCUCUUCCCCAAGUUCGCGGACACCCCCGUUUACAACGACGAGGCCGACCCGCUGGUGGGCUGGUCCCUGCCGCAGCCCUGGAGGGCCGACGUGACCUACGCUGCCAUGGUUGUGAAGGUCAUCGCACAGCACCAGAACCUGCUGGUGGCCAACACCAGCUCCCCUGUCCGCUACGCGCUCCUAAGCAACGACAACGCCUUCCUGAGCUACCACCCGCACCCCUUCUCUCAGCGCACGCUCACCGCGCGCUUCCAGGUCAACGACACGCGCCCGCCGCACGUGCAGCUGCUGCGCAAGCCGGUGCUCACGGCGAUGGCCCUGCUGGCCCUGCUGGAUGGCGAGCAGCUCUGGGCUGAGGUGUCGCGGGGCGGGACGGUGUUGGACAGCAACCACACGGUGGGCGUCCUGGCCAGCACCCACCACCCCACUGGCCCCGCCGACGCCUGGCGCGCCACGGUGCUGGUCUACGCGAGCGACGACACCCGCGCCCACGCCAACCGCAGCGUACCCUUGACUCUGAGCCUGCGCGGGGUGCCCCCGGGCCCGGAGGUCGUCUUUGUGCAGCUCUAUAUGGACAACUGGCUCUGCAGCCCCUACGGCGAGUGGCGGCGCCUGGGCAGGCCCGUCUACCCCUCUGCUGAGCAGUUCCGGCGCAUGCGCGCGGCCGAGGACCCGGCGGCCGAGAUGCCGCUCCCUUUUCCCAGCAGCGGCCGCCUGACGCUGCGCCCUGAGCUUCCUCUGCCCUCGCUCUGGCUGGUGCACGUGUGCGCGCGCCCGGAGGAGCCGCCGGGGCAGGUGACCCGGCUCCGUGCUCUGCCCUUGACCCGCGGGCAGCUGCUUUUGGUCUGGUCAGACGAGCGUGUGGGCUCCAAGUGCCUGUGGACCUAUGAGAUCCAGUUCUCCCCGGAGGGCGCGGCAUACCUGCCCAUCAGCAGGAAGCCUUCGACCUUUAACCUCUUCGUGUUCAGCCCAGACACGGCUGUCGUCUCCGGCUCCUACCGGGUUCGUGCUGUGGACUACUGGGCCCGACCAGGCCCCUUCUCGAGCCCCGUGUGGUACCUGGGGGCCCCUGCCCCGUGAGGGCCACUGCUGCCCCGCCACCGGACUUGUGCUGACCGUGAGCCUGGGCGGCCAGAAGCCAUGCCGGGCCGGACUGCCAUCAGCCUCUCAGCCAGGCACCCCCUCUGUCUGUCCCCUCCUGCCUCUCAUUCACCCCCUUAAAGCGCCUUUGCACACA